CUCUCUCUCUCUCUCUCUCUCGCAUGCUGUUCAUCCUCCUCCCUUCUUUCUCUUUUCUCUGUUUCCAGAACGCAAGCAAAGAAGAAGCAGACUCACUGAAAAGCUUCACGACCUUAACCCUCGUUAUUCAUGGCAGUUGAAUCUCGGCAUCUCAAUCUCUUCACUUCUCACUUUCUCAAUGACAGAGCGAAUCUGGUAACCGGUGGAAUUCACAAUAAUGCUCAGAUGGAUUAUUCUGAUCUGCCUCUUCCUGCUGUUUCAGCAAUGGCGGAUCAAUCUCUAUUUCCGUUUUACCAAUCCAAUCUUUGUGAUCCGAAUUUUGCCAAAACCUCCAUGAACAAUGAUGAUAGUGGCCUCACCUCCAAUUUCUCGUCAUCAAGAAAGCGAUCCAGAGAUGAGUUAAUCUCUGAGCUCAGUGAUCCCCGCAGCGCCAAAUUGCCCUCCAUUAAUUCGUGGUCGUUUCUCAAUCAGGAAGUUCAUCUUCAGAUCCAGAACCAGCAAUCGGAAAUCGACCUCCUCAUUGCCCAACAUACAGGUAAAGUGAGGAGGGAGUUAGAGGAGCAGAGAAGAAGACAACUGAUGGUGUUGCAUUCAGCAAUCGAAGAAGUAGUGAUGAAAAAACUGAAGGAAAAAGACGAAGAGAUUCAGGAAAUAGGGAAAUUGAAUUGGGCACUUCAAGAAAGAGUCAAAACCCUAACCCAAGAGAACCAAAUAUGGAAGGAAUUAGCAGAAACAAACGAAGCAACCGCCAAUUCACUGCGCUGCAACCUGGAACAGAUACUGGCGGCCCACGUCAGCGAGGACCACCAACACGACACUGCGGUGGCAGCGGCCGUGGCAGAUGAUGCAGAGUCGAGCUGCGGAAGCAGUGGUGAGGGGCAGGGGCCGGCAGAGGACACGGCGGUGAGCGGCGGAGGAAGGAGUAGUGAGAGGUUGUGCUGCAAAUGUGGUGUGAGGGAAUCAAUAGUGUUGCUGCUGCCAUGCAGGCAUCUGAGUUUGUGUACAAAGUGUGGGUCCACAAGUCACCAUUGCCCAGUUUGUCAUUCUGGAAUUAAUGGUAGCGUGCAUGUCAAUUUCUCUUAGGAAUUUUAUUUAUUAUUUAUUAGGUUUUACAAUAAUCUAUUAGAUUAUUAGAUUAGAUUUUUUUGGCCGUCAGAUAGUUGGAGAAAACAGCCUGUUUCUUCCCGAUCCUUAAUAUGUUUAUAGAACAAAGUUAGAAAUAGAAAAAAAAAAU